CUCUACCACGAUUUGCUCACAAAAUUCUUGACUUCCACCAAAGUUUAUAAGCUGAGAUCAUUCACUUACUCGUAUCAAAUCUUCAUCACAAGAGGGAAACUAGAAGAAAUGGUUUCAGAGACGGUUUCAAACACGGAAUCACCACCGUUGCUUGGACCUCGUAUUUCCUUCUCAGCUGAUUUAUCUGAUGGUGGAGAUUUCAUCUGCAUCACCCCCGUAAUGUGUAAGGAGUUAGAGAAAGAUGUCGUCAAAGGGUCAGUGAAAGUCUCCGACUUUGAGUUCUUGUCGUCUGAAAAUGUGAGUCCACAGAGAAUGCUUACCGCCGACGAACUCUUCUCCGAAGGUAAGUUGCUUCCUUUUUGGGAAGUAAAGCACUCAGAGAAGCUUAAAAACAUUACUUUGAAGACGAACGAAGAAGAAGAAGGAGAGAAACGUAAAGUGGAAGUGAUAAAGAAAGAUCAGGAGAUUAAUAAUAGAGAUAACAGAGUGAGUUGGUUUAUAGACGAAGAUCCAUCUCCUCGUCCUCCUAAAUGUACCGUUCUUUGGAAAGAGCUUUUGAGAUUGAAGAAACAGAGGAACCCGUCUACGUCGUCGGUGGCUGUGAGGACAGUGUCGUCUUUGUCUCCGUCGUCGUCCACGUCAUCAUCUAGCUCGCUUGAGGAUGCAGCGAAGAGAGAGGAGAAAGAGAAAGAAGGGAAGAGAGGUAAGAAAGGAUUAGAGAGAACGAGAUCGGCGAGUAUGAGGAUAAGGCCGAUGAUUCAUGUUCCUAUUUGCACUCCUUCUAAAUCCUCUCUUCCUUUGCCUCCUCUGUUUCCUCUUGCGCUUAAGAAAAACAGAGUAGAGAGACGCACUUAGAAGAUUUGAGCUAUCUUUGGAUUGAAAAAAACAAUUUAUUGGUAAAUUUGUUCAGAUUCUCGACUGUUUUCUCAUGUGGUCUAAUGCAUGUGAUUAAGUGCUGUUUUCAGAUGUAUUAUGUGUAUGCUUUAUGGCUUGAGAUCUAUUGUAUGACAAUGUUAAGAAAUUCGAGUAAGAACC